AUGAUAAAUCUCCGAACUCCCGGCAAAUUUCCGAGAAAGAAACCGGAUUUCCCCUCGAAUGCCACAUUAGCGCUAUCUUGUGUGGUGCUAUUUGUAUAUUCGGUGAUUUUCACCUGCUGUAUAGCCUACCUGAGCCGGGAUGGGGAUCGGCUUUGCGGACGUCAGGUAACCGCGCUCGAAUUAUUGGAGUCUGGGCGCUGUCCCACCGAUUGGGUAUCGGCACCACAAUUUCGGAAAUGCUACUGGCCAGAUUCGGUCGCAAAUCACACGACCGGGAUAAAGCGCUGCCAGUCACUCGGGGCGAAAAUGUUAACAAUCAAUGGUCCAGAAGAGAAUAAAUUUAUCUUAGAAAUGGAGUAUGAUGGGGAUCCGGUUGAUUUUCAAGGCUAUAUCUGGCUUGCGCCAAAAUUUGAGCCGUCGCGCAGCACACUCCCUGGCCGCUUGAUCGGUUUGGAUGGCGAAGAGCCUGCCUACCAAAACUUUGGCCCUGGUGAGCCAAAUAACCACGGGGGGAACGAGGACUGUAUUUUCUUGAGGGGCAUCGAGGUGGGACAGUACCUGGAA